AUGCCACUUCCACCGCCGCCUCCAGGGCCGCCUCCAGCGAGUGCUCCAAGAAGGACUUCUUUUUCAUCACAGUCGGCGGUAGAGAGAAACAACUUACCUCAGAACAGAGAAGAAAGGCUACGGUCUGGCUCGGGUUCAUCGUCAAUAGAACCUAGUCUUCCUACUAUCCCAGCAACUCCGCUUGGAUGGGUAGCUGACCAGGUUAACGCCCCAAUAACUCCCCGACGGGCAUCAGCAUCUCCCCACGACCAAAAUCGGUCGGUUUCCGCAUCACCAAGCCCGUCUAAUGCUGCAGCAAACAACCAUCAUGACGCUUCAAGCCAGCCUACUCCGUCUUCUAUCAGGACUCAAAGCCAAAAGGGGAUCCGUGAGCGCCGUAUUCAAAGCAGGAAUAACAGAACUGAAAACAGCGCUCAUGGACAGGAAUCCAAAGAUGAGAACAAUGACAUGUCAUGGCCGACAGACCUGGUUCUUAGCUCGCCUGUAUCUGGCGGACUUGUACGUCGACGUACUCUUACCAGAGCCACGCCACGCAGUGCUCGUAGCAAUCCAGGAGAGGAGCCCCUGCACAGCGCCAGAUCGGCUACUUCACCCUUCAGUAAUAAAAUGAAUGCCAUCACCUCUCCAUAUUCUGCCACUCCCAGGUUACAGACAUUUCCGCACGAGCCGUUGGCAAACAGAGGCCAGACCCCUCCAUUUUCUCCAGGGAGAGAGCAGAAAUCGCCAACCAUGGCAUCCGAAUCGCUGCAUUUACCUCCCAAGGCUCUGCCAACACCACCCCCAGCACAACAGCAGGAUGCGGCUUUGCUUGGACUAGAGCCGCGUAGCGCCGGUUCAGACAGGCCACUUUCGCACCUUUUACAUCUUCCAGUUGACGUGUCCCCUCUAGAAGCACAGCCCCUGGUCCCGGUCAAGGCUCCCUCCCGGCGUGCCUCACCCAAACCCUCCCCAUACGCACCUAUAGAUGGUAAAUUUAUUCAAGAUGCGGAAUGUCGGUAUCAUGAACAUCUAAGGAAAGAAUCAGAAGCGACCAAUGCUACGGAUGCAUUGCAGGCCUUUUGCAAUUUUAUAAUUGCCGAGUCAGGCAUCCGUCGCCAACAGUAUGGCUCGCAAUGGAGUGACGUGAAUUUUGAUCCUAAGACCGUUGUUGAUAAGUUAUUUGAACUCUCGAGUAAUCCGCUAAAGGUUGAAGCUAGGCCUAGGGAUAGCUCUAUUGGUCCAUCCGAACCUCCACAGACUCCUGAUAGGGUCACCCCCAAAAGGCGCACUUCUGUGAUUGAAUCUGGUUUGGGGAAUGGCUACAAACCUGCCUUAUCACCCAUUGCAAGCAUGAGUAUGAGCAACGAAGAAAGCUCUCGGGGUCGCGCACCUAGUCGUUGGUGGGAAUCGCAAACUGGCAGUGAUAACGGGGAUGUUGGCGGUAAAGUCUCACGCACUAAACGGGAGACGAAAUAUAUGGGUCUGCCGCGAGAGAUGCGCGAGGCGAUGCAAAUGGACCAUCUGACACCGACACAAGCUGCUUAUGAUCAGCAAUACUCUGGGGACCAAAACCCUUAUGCCAAUUAUGGGCCGAAUGAGUAUCCUCCAGAAAAGGUAGGCUGGAAUGACCUUGAUGUUCCCCAGCCCCCAGGACCAUCACGGACAUUAUCAGCCAUCAACCGUGAAGCACGCAAGUUGGAUAUUUCAAGAUUGGUUACCUUGCCUCCCCCAUACCCAAGGCAUUAUCCAGGUGUGAAUAACAAUCACCCAGACAUGGCGUUUUAUCGAACGACUGUUCGAACUAUUAGCGACUUGUCUGAGGUGCACGCAACCAAAGCGAGUUUUGAAAAGAAGAUCAAGUCUCUCCGUGAAAAGCACCAGAAGGAGGCCCAAGAAGAACUCCGUGGGUUCAGAGCGCGGAUGAACCAGGGAAUCGAAAGUGGCAGCAUAUCUUAUGCGGAUGCGGCUGAUGCAGAGGCCGGUCGACGGGCGCAAGCAAACGAAAAAGAGCGUGAGAUCGUUCAAGUGGAGUUCGACAUGUAUCAGGUCGAAGUUUUGGAGCCGAUGCAGAGUAUCCUGAAAGAUAGGAUCAAAAUCGCAACAGCCUGCAUUGAUGAACUGAGAGGCAAACUCUUCGACUCAGCACAGCGUCAAACACCAGAUCAGACCCAGGAAGAGGGUGAUGAAGAGCCUGAACUAGUAGAGAAACUGACACAGCUUAAAUGGUUAUUCGACGGCCGUGAGAACCUGUUCCGCGAAGAGUACGAUAUCCUUAGCGAGCGCAACGAGCUUUUCAGGGCCGUCGUAUCUCUCCCCUACCGCCAGGCCAAAAACCCAGAAAAGCUCACCGAGACCGAUAACUUCUUCGUUCGUGACGCUCAGGAUCGAAAACUCGCCUUCGUCGCUGGGACUCUUAAACGGUUUGAGAGCUUCAUGGACGUAAUCGAAGCAAACGUGAGUCGGGGAGUUGAGACUCAACUGUCGGCGUUCUGGGACAUUGCUCCCUCCAUCGUGACGAUCCUGCAAGACAUACCACAGAGCCUUGAAGGAUUCUCCGUCCGCAUUCCGCAGAAGGAAUAUGACGAGAACCCAAGCUACUACCAGUUCCCGCUGCAAUAUUUAUACUCACUGGUCACUCAUGCCGGUAAAUCAACAUAUCAGUUCAUUGAGUCCCAGACCAAUCUCCUCUGCCUGCUUCAUGAGAUCAAAUUCGGCUUGAUGAAUGCGAACUGCAAGUUCAUGGAAGUACAACGGAUUAUAUCUGGCGAGCCAGAGGAAGACGUCCGCCGUGAGAUGCAAGAGUCUCGUUCUGAGGAAGAAAGGAUCCUCACCCUCGACCUAAAGGAGAAAGUCGGCAUGGUUGAAGGCCAAUGGACUGAAGCUCUGGGCCAGCAAUUAGAAAAUGUCAAAGAACGUGUCCGUCACCGCCUUGCCAGAGAGGGAGGAUGGGAGGAAAUGGAGCAGAUGGAACAAACUUGA